GUCCACCGACUAUUAUCAAGUGGACACCCCUGCUAAACGCCGCCAUUGUCGUUGCCUUUGCCCCUCCAAUUGAUGCAAAUGAAUUGAUUACGAAAUACAGGCUGUCCGUGGAGGAGGAAAUGACAUCAUACCAAAUAGAAACCGACACUGACGUCACAUCUGCGACCAUCAAGGACCUUUCCGCCUACAUCUCAUAUCAUAUCAAGAGGUCUGUUAGCGUGUUUCGGGGAAAGUCUGCGGCAAGGAAAGAGACGAUAUCAGUAGGAAAUUGAAUGAAGAAUUUAAUGCUGUCCUAUCACAGAGGAACCGAGGAUUCUGAGAGGAUCGUGAUUUACAGAUCUCACUCCUCCCUCAGUCAGAUUAAUGUCACGGACUUGGAUUCCGGGAAAUAUUAUCACUUCCGGGUACAGGCUCGAUCUGGUGCUGGGUACGGUCCCAGUGUCAACCAAAGUUCCUUCACACUUCCGGCUAGACCUGCAAAACCAACAGUGCCUAAUAUUAUAUCGUAUACAUGUAGCAAUCAGCGACUCACAUUGAAGCUGUUUCCUAAUAUCGUGGAUGAAAAACACUUUUAUAUGGCAAGAGUUUAUGCUGAUGAUGUUAGUCUUCCAAAGGCGAACAUUCAGGAAGAGGAAAACGAGCCAACUGGAACUGUUAUUCUUAUUAUGGAUAAAACUGACAUCAUACAAAAUGUCAUUUUUAUUCUGGGAGAUAAUUCCAUCAAGCUUGGCAUUCACAAUCCAGAGCUUCAUUACAAUCAUACUUACGUCUUCUAUAUGGAAAUUGUCACUAAAUCUGAAAAUAUUAUCCGAUUCAGUUUUGUCAAGCACCCGAAAUGUUUUACCAUAGAUUUGAUGAACACUCCUGUAGAAGGUUCUUCAGACGAUGAGAAUGGUUCGGAUCUCUAUGGCAUUGCCGUUGGAAUUGUAUUUGGGAUCAUCUUUCUUCUUGCCGCAGCUUUGAUUUGCAUUGCAACAAAAAGAUCGGGCAAAGAUACAUGCACUAGUACUACUACGACAAAACCGAAAUACAAAGGAAACAGGGAGACAAAUUUUUGGCCGAUAAAUGGAAAUCUCGGUACAUCAAAUUCGAUGCAGUCAACAGAUUUCAGGCAAAAUCAAGAUUUAGGGAACAAUUCGAAUGUUAUGAACACUUUUCCUCUAAUAAAACUAACCAAUAAAAAUAUCAAUCGCUCGACAUCUUUUCAAAGAACACAUUUCAAAAAUGAUCGUCGACAAAACACAAAUAGAGGAAACAUUAAAAGGUCUCUGUCUGACACCGAAAUGAACCUGAAAAAUAACCAUUACCGAGCGUAUGACGUCACCAUAUCAAAACCAAGCACUGCAAAUGCUCAAAAGGCACAAACAUGGCAAACUAAGAACAAUAUUGUAAAUACUAGUAAUGAGGACAUUAUUGAAACGGCCCCUCCUCAGCCUCCCCGCCACCGGCUUCGUAAAAGCAAUACUGGUAGUAAAUUUGAGGGGUCCCCAAUCACAAGCUCUACCUUGAGUCUUACGAUCAUUCCCGAGUCGUUCUGAAACCCGAAGGGCCGGAUGAUUAUAUUAACGCAAGUUAUAUCAAAGACCGAAUUAUAGACGGAUUCCCUCGGUAUAUUGUAGCUCAAACGCCACAGGAUGAAGUACAUGUAUCUGCCAUGAAAUUCUGGAACAUGGUUCUGCAAGAACGGACAAGAGUCAUUGUCAAGUUGUCCCAACAACCAGCCACUUUCCCGUCCGAGAUCACGCGGACUUCCGGUCUGGUCACUGAGAGAUUCCACCUCAUUCCGAGGAUAUAUCUCGUCCGUAAUAUGAGGCUCACUAACGCAUUGGACCAUACUUCUCGAGGGGUUUACAUCGUCCACGAUUUAAUGUGGUCUAAUGACGACCGCUUUUACUUACCUCAUGACACAAAAGAGUUCAUCUCUUUGCGGGAUGUUGUCCGGAAGUGCUCGGGCACAUGCCCGGUGAUGUCCAGUGUAGUCAGGAGGACGGGAGAACUGGGGUGUUUAUAUCUGUCGACGCCCUCCGAUUGGAGUAUGAAAAACAGCGGGAAGUGAACAUUUUCUCCUUCGUAAGAAACAUGUUUAAAGACAGUAUGGCAUGAUCAAAACAAUUUGGCAGUAUCGAUUCAUUUACGAAGCGCUCCUGAAGGCGAAUUCACAAAGUUAAUUUUAUUGGUAAAGAUUGCUACAGUAACCAGCACUGUUGAUGCACAUGCACAUGUACAAUGUAUGCGUGUAGUUUGAAUUCAUCUGUAAAAUAUUGUUUUAAUGAGUUUUGUUGGGUUUUUUUAAAAUGUAUUUUUUUAGUUUUCUUGAAAUAUGAGCAAUAAUAAAGAUUUUGUUGUCUGGGACAGUAACGUACUGUAUAUUGAAUGAGAGUUAUCUUUCCUUGUGUACAACUUAGAACCAUACACGUACCAAGGUUAAAGUCCCAGAAUAAGGUUUUUUUUAAAUUCUCGGUGACUGAAACAUAUA